AUGACGGCUGCAGCAGCAGGAUGGGGGGCACCCCCCGACCCCCCGAGCUGUGGGCUGAUCUCUGUGCUGCUCCUGGCCCUGCUGGGGCUCCUCGGCGUUCCUGCGGCUCACGGUGACUGCGGGCCCCCGCCUGCCAUGACCCACUCCAGCCCCUCCAGCAGCUCCAGCAGCUUCCCGGUGGGAUCCAGGGUGACCUUCAGCUGCUCGGGGGGAGCCCGCAGGAUCCCGGGCAUGCCCGACACCGUGGAGUGCCUGCCCGGCGACAUCUGGUCCAGGCUGGCCGAGCCCUGCGGCCGGAGCUGUGCUGCCCCAACCAGGCUGAGGUUUGCUGCCCUGUCCAAGGAGGAUGAGAGGAGGAAUUUCUUCCCUGUUGGCGCCAACGUCAGCUACGUCUGCCGGCCCGGCUACGAGAACUCCUCGGAGAUUUCCCCCUCCAGCACCUGCCUGGAGAACCUGACGUGGUCACAGCCUGCUGAGCUGUGCAGGAGGAGGUCCUGUGGCACCCCAGGAGCUCUGCCUGGAGGGAGGAUGGGGCCCCUCGGGGACCUGCAGCUGGGAGCACGGGUGGAAGUGUCCUGUGAGGAUGGGGAGCUCGUGCACAGCCAGGAGAAGCUGGACGUGGUGGAAGUCCUGGUCCUCCAGAUUCCCCACCCGCUGCAGAGGAUAAUUUCAUCCAUGAAAAGGGAGAAUUUUGGCUUCGUGGGAAGGGACUGUGGGCCGCUGCCAAAUAUCAGCCACGCUGAGCCCCGAGGAGACAGCAAACACCAGCAGAGCUUCAGUGUGGGCUCCACAGUGACUUUUCGCUGUGUCCCGGGUUACACCAAGCUCCCCUCUCUCUCCGACACCAUCCAGUGCCUGUCGAACUCCCGCUGGUCCAGCCUGCCAGAGUUCUGUGGCCCUUAUGAAAACACCACAGUCCAGCCCCCCACCAGCACCUGUUUGGACAACUUAACGUGGACAGAAGUUCCUGAACUGUGUCAGAAGAAAUCUUGUGGUAUUCCAGCCAAUCCAGAACAUGGCCAAGCCAUCCUAAAAGAUAUCCUAAAAGAUCAUCUGCUGGGUGGAACAGCCAGAGUGGUUUGUGACCGUGGGUACAGACUGAAGGGAGCAUCACCUUCCAUCAGGUGUCUCCUAGAGGGCGACAAAGCUGUCUGGAGUCCUCUUCCAGCUUGUCAGGUGAUUUCCUGUCCCCCUCCUCCAGCCAUCCCCCACGGGCAGCACAGUGGGAACAGCUCGGGGCAGUUCGUGCUGGGCUCCGUCGCAACCUACACGUGUGAGCCGGGGCUGGAGCUGGUGGGGCAGGACACGCUGCGCUGCACCGGCGACAGCGGCGACAGCGGCGACAGCGGCGACAGCGGCACCUGGAGCGGGGCCCCGCCCGCCUGCCGGGUUAAAACCACAGCAGAGACAAACCAAACCAAACCCUCAGAAGAGAAUCCUUACUGGCUGGUUCCCCCAGUAGCCCUUGGAAUUCUAGCUGGGAUCAUCGUGAGACGAAAAGAGAGUGAAAAGCACUCUUAUAAUGUGAAUUCACAAAAGCAGGAGGUGAAGGGAAGGGAUGCAGCGAUGCACCUGGAGGUUACAGAUGAGAAGAAGCUCCCCAAGCCCUGGAAUUCCUAUUUUUGCCACACAGGGAAGUGCCACGUGUGUCCCAGCUGUGAGGAGCAGCUCCACAGUGCCCUGGCCCCUCUCUCAGAGCCCCCACACCACGGCUGUGCCGCCUGCCAGGACUGGCUGAGCUCCCAGCCCCAAAAGCCCCGCAGCUACUCGGUGCCCAGCGUUGGUGAUGGGGACAGCCAGAGCCCAGCAGGCACCAGCUCUCCUGCCAUGGAUGUGCUGAGGGCAGAUGGCACAGGAGGAGCUGCUCCGUGGAGGAGUGAGGCAGAGCAGCCCAUGGACCACCAAAGUGACCACAUCUGUCCCAUCUGUGAGAGCUGGCUGCGUGCCCACACUGGCCAGGGGGACAGCAGGGCUGUGACACCGGGCGAGUGGCAGCACAAGGGCCCCCAGGGCCCCGUCUGCCCCCCCUGCACGGACAGACAGCUCCUGUCCCUGGUCCACGGGGACACAGCCAGCAGCCCCGUGUGUCCCCUGGCCGGGGAGGGCACCCCAGCCCACCUGGUCCCUCCGCACAGCCCCGGCUGCCACCUGUGCCCCGUGUGCUCGGUGCCCAGCCACGCUCACCUGUGCCAGCCCCAGCGCCUGGCACCUGAUGCAGCAGCAGCAGCCUGGGGCACCUGCAGCCUCCUCGGGGUGCUGGCUGCGCUGCACGUCCUGGGGAGCCCCCAGGAGCUGCUGCCUGUGCCAGGGAUGGUGCCCACCUUCACCCUCUGCCUGCUGGGCAGCUGCGCCCUGCUCCUCAGCACCACGCCCAGGGCUCAAGCUGCCCGGUGCCCGCCGCCCCGCGUGCCCUACGGGCGGGUGUCCCCUCGCCGCUUUUCCUACCGGCCAUGGGACACCGUGAGCGUCACCUGCACCCCGGGCUACACCCUGCGGGGUCCGGGCAGCAGCACCUGCGGGGCUGCCUCCAGGUGGGACCCUCCUCUGCCCGAGUGCAGAAAGGAGGUGACAUGUCCCCGGGCACCCAACAUCGCCAACGGGCUGCACUCCGGGCUCUCCUCGGGCAGCUUUCCCCGCGGGGUCACCGUGUCCUACAGCUGCAGGGAGGGCUUCCAGCUGCUCGGCAAUGAGUCCAUCACCUGCACGGACUCGGGGCGCUGGAGCCGGCCCCUGCCCCGCUGUGAAGCGAUCGGCUGCCAGGUACCCGAGGUGCAGAACGGGCAGGUGCACAACGCGCAGAGCACCUACAGGGCUGGAGACACUCUGCACUUUGACUGCCACCCCGGCCAUGCAGCGGAGGGCUCCGAUGAGGCUCGGUGCCAGCCCGGGGGCGCCUGGGACCCGCCGGAGCUCGUGUGCCACAGGGUCCGGCCGUGCCCGAUGCCUCCGGAGGUGGCCAAUGGAAAUCACAACGGCCGGGACACGGCAGUGUUCACCAUGGGAAUGUCUGUGAGGUACAGCUGCGAUCCCGGCUAUUACCUGGUUGGAAAUGCCACUGUGACCUGCAGAGCAUCGGGGAACUGGAGCCAGCCCCGGCCUCGCUGCCAAGAGGUGACAUGUCCCCGGGCACCCAACAUCGCCAACGGGCUGCACUCCGGGCUCUCCUCGGGCAGCUUUCCCCGCGGGGUCACCGUGUCCUACAGCUGCAGGGAGGGCUUCCAGCUGCUCGGCAAUGAGUCCAUCACCUGCACGGACUCGGGGCGCUGGAGCCGGCCCCUGCCCCGCUGUGAAGCGAUCGGCUGCCAGGUACCCGAGGUGCAGAACGGGCAGGUGCACAACGCGCAGAGCACCUACAGGGCUGGAGACACUCUGCACUUUGGCUGCCACCCCGGCCAUGCAGCGGAGGGCUCCGAUGAGGCUUGGUGCCAGCCCGGGGGCGCCUGGGACCCGCCGGAGCUCGUGUGCCACAGGGUCCGGCCGUGCCCGAUGCCUCCGGAGGUGGCCAAUGGAAAUCACAACGGCCGGGACAAAGCGUUUUUUACCGCUGGGAUGUCUGUGAGGUACAGCUGCGAUCCCGGCUAUUACCUGGUCGGAAAUGCCGCUGUGACCUGCAGAGCAUCGGGGAACUGGAGCCAGCCCCGGCCUCGCUGCGAAGGCACUGUCUGCAUCAAUCCAAUCGUAGCCAACGGAAGGCAAGUUGGUGGCCACGGGCUCCUCUCUGCCCCCGGGCAAACGGUGACAUUCCAGUGCCACGAUGGGUACAGCCUGCAGGGCAGUGCCAGCCUGUCGUGCCAGGAGGAUGGCAGCUGGCAGCCCCCUGCUCCUGUGUGUGACAGAGCACUGCCCCACCACACCUCCUUCACCAGGUCUCCAGGUGCUUGUGGUGCUCCCACAAGGUUACAGUUUGCUGAGCUAAAUGAGGAGCACAGGAAUGCCAUUGAUUUUCCUGUUGGGAAGACUGUGCAUUACACUUGCCGCCCUGGAUAUGCAAAAGUGCCAGGAAUGUCACCUACUCUGACAUGCCUUGAGAGAGGAGUGUGGUCAGAAGCACUAGAGUUCUGUAAAAGGAAACAGUGCAGUCACCCAGGUGAGCCUGUGAAUGGCAAGAUUGUUUCCCUGACAAAUCUCCAGCUUGGCUCUACAGUGGUUUACAGCUGUGAGGAAGGGCACAGGUUAGUUGGACAAGCCAGCAGACGCUGCGAGAUCUCUGGGGGCCGUGUUGCAUGGACUGGCCACACUCCCCUCUGUCAGCGCAUCCCUUGCGAGCCCCCGCCGGACAUCCCCAACGGGCAGCACUCGGGCCGGCUGCAGAGCGAGUUCCACUACGGCACGGCCGUGACCUACAGCUGCAAGCACGGGCUGCCCCUGCACGGGGAGCCCUCCAUCCACUGCACCACCCGCGACGGCCACAGCGGCGUCUGGAGCGAGCCCCUGCCGGCCUGCGGAGAGGCGAGCUGUCCCGUCCCACAGAUCCAGCACGGCAGGAUCGUGGCUGCCAGGGCUGCCUACGCACACAGGGACACCGUGACCUUCCAGUGUGACCCAGGCUAUGCCAUUCGUGGCCACAGAGAGAUCCAGUGCCAGCCAAACAACACCUGGGAGCCGCCUGUGCCCGUCUGCGAGCAGGCUGGCUGCAGAGCCCCUGCCAGGCUGGGCUUUGCCGAGCUCAAGGAGCCCUACAGGAACCAGACAGUGUUUCCUGAGGGGAGCAGGGUGGAAUUCGAGUGCCAGCCUGGCUACAGCCAGCUCCUGGGUGUGUCACCAGCCAUCACCUGCCUCAGCAACCAGACGUGGUCAGCAGCGCUGGAGUUCUGUAAAAAGAAGCAGUGCCCCAACCCAGGGAACCCAGAGAAUGGCAGAGCUGUUGUCCUGACAGAUCUCCUCCUCGGGUCCAAAAUCAAUUACACUUGUGACAAAGGGUACAAGCUGGUGGGAGGCUCCCAGAGAAUUUGUGAGGUCUCUGGCACACAUGUCUCGUGGAGUGGGGAUCCUCCUGUCUGCCAGCGUGUCACCUGCGCUGCCCCUCCGGCCAUCCCCAAUGGGACACACAGCGGGGGCUCCAGGGACACCUUCUCCCUUGGGGACGUGGUCACCUACACCUGUGCCUCGGGGCUGGCCCCAGCUGGAGACACCUCCCUGUCCUGCACCUCUGGGGACGGGGAGCGUGGCACGUGGAGCGGGACGGUGCCACGGUGCCAAGAGGUGAGGUGCCCUGCCCCGCCGAGCAUCGCCAACGGGCAGCACGGUGCCAGCCCCGGGGCCAGGCACAGCCCGGGCUCCGAGGUGCGCUACACCUGCGCCGAGGGCUAUUCCCUGCUGGGCAACGCCUCCAUCCGCUGCACGGCCCGGGGCACCUGGAGCCGGCCCCAGCCCCGCUGCCGAGUGCCACCGUGUCCUUCCCCUCCAACUAUCAGGAAUGGCCAGCACGAUAGCAAGGGGGUGGCAGAGUUCAUCCCUGGCAUGGCAGUGAGGUACCACUGUGACCCAGGCUACUUCCUGGCUGGGAAAAGCACGAUUUCCUGCUUGCCGUCGGGAGUCUGGAGCAUCCCUUACCCCCGCUGUGAAGUGAUCACCUGCAGCAGCCCCAGCAUCAAGGACGGGGAGGUGGCUGAGGGCCGGAGGGCCGUGUACCGCCCUGGGGACAACGUCACCUUCCAGUGCCACCCAGGCUUCGUGCUGAGGGGCAGCCGUGGGGCCAAGUGCCAGCCUGACAGCCGCUGGGUGCCCGCUGUGCCCACCUGCCAGCCAGCGCGGCCCUGCCCUCCGCCCCCCGUCAUCGCCCACGCCACGCUCAGCGCCGAGCCCGGGACCAACUUCACCAGUGGCACCUCCGUGAGCUACAGCUGCCAGCCUGGCUUCACCCUGCUCGGGGACCCCUCGGUGCUGUGCACGGCCUGGGGCAACUGGAGCCUUCCCUACCCUCGCUGUGCAGCCGGUUGUGGCACACCAACACUGUUGCUAUUUGCUGAGCUAAGCAAGGAAUAUGAAAAUCAGACUGAGUUUCCUGUUGGGAUGACUGUGAACUACACUUGUCGGCCUGGAUACGUGGAACAGCCACAGAUAUCACCAACUAUCACAUGUCUUGAAAAUCUAACGUGGUCUGAAGCCCAGGAGUUUUGCAAAAUGCUGCAAUGCCCUUCACCUCCCAAUAUUACCAAAGGAACCCAUGACAGCCAGGAUUUGGAGGUUUUUCCUGCUGGGAUGGUUGUGAACUACAGCUGUGAGCCUGGCUACAGCCUCCGGGGAGAGGCAUCCAUCCACUGCACCAGCUCUGGCAACUGGAGCCUCCCUCUCCCUCAGUGUGCAGGUGGCUGUGGUGCGCCUCCAAACCUGACCUUUGCUGAGCUAGCCAGGCAAUACAGAAAUCAGCAGGAAUUUGCUGUUGGGGACACUGUGAGCUACAGCUGCCGGCCGGGACACUCGAGACGCCCCGGAGUGCCCCAAACUCUGACUUGCCUCCAAAACCACACGUGGUCUGAAGCCCUAGAGUUCUGUAAAAGGAAGCAAUGUAGAUAUCCAGAACCCCCCAGGAAUGGCAGAGUUGUUGUUCUGACAGAUCUGCUUUUUGGGUCAACCGUGAGCCACACGUGUGAUGAAGGGUACAGACUGGUUGGAGAGUCCCACAGGAGAUGUGAGAUUUUGGGACGAGAUGUUGCCUGGACUGGUCUGCCUCCUAUCUGUAAAAGGGUGGUGUGCCCAGCCCCACGGGUCCAGAAUGGGAGCGUGGCUGUCCCCAGGCCCCGCUACACCUACGGGGACUCUGUCACCUUCAAGUGCCACAGAGGCUUCACCCUGCGAGGCCACCCCACGUCCCAGUGCCAAGGGGACAGGAGGUGGCACCCACCUGUGCCUGUGUGUGAGCAGGAUGGAGUGUCAGAACGUUAUCACCACCCUGACCCCACAACAAAGCCAGCCGUGAAGUGUCCGCAGCCUCCGAGCAUCACCAAUGGGAGGCUGAAAGGGAACGCCUCUGCCACCUUUCCCCGGGGAGCUGCCGUGUCCUACAGCUGCGAUCCCGGUUACUCUCUGCUCGGGAACGCUUUCAUCAGCUGCACGGGCUCGGGGACCUGGAGCCAGCCCCUCCCGCAGUGCAAAGAGAUCAGAUGUGAAUUCCCGGAUGUCCAAGGUGUUAAAAAAGCCAUUAAAGGAAGUACUUAUCGCUCUGGCACUAACAUCACUCUUGAAUGUGACGAUGGUUACGUGCUGGAAGGCAUCAGUCACACCCAGUGCCAGGAGGAUUUCAGCUGGGACCCUCCCGUGCCAGCCUGUAAACUGAGGGCCCCGGCGGGCGGGCCCGGCCAUGGCGGCGCCGCGCUGAGGGCGGGGCGGGCCGCGCAUGCGCACCCGGCCCCGCGCUGCGUCUCCGGCGGCGCCGGGAGGGAGCGGAGCGGCCGCGGCCGCGGCCCCGCUGCGGGCAUGGGGCGGCUCUCGGUGCUGCCAGCGCUGCUGCUGCUGCUGCUCUCCGUGCUGGUGCUGUGGCAGCUCGGCGGAGCCCGGGCUCAGGGCUCGUGUCCCAAGCCAGAUCGGCAGCAGAAUGCAGAGCUCGAUGAGGGCUCCAGGGAGCUCCAAGAUUUUCCACCUGGGACCAAAAUCUCCUUCACCUGCCGGCCAGGAUACAUUAGGGUCCCGGGGAAGUUGCUGACCUGGACAUGUGGUAAUAACUUGCAGUGGUCACAAACAAGCGUUUUCUGUACAGCAAGAAAAUGUAAAUACCCAGGACCCUUGGAAAAUGGUUAUUUUGAUGCAAGAGAUCUUACAUUUGGUUCAAAAUUGACAUUUCGUUGUAAUGAAGGAUACAGAUUAAUAGGUAAGGAAGAGAUUUCCUGUGAUAUCAAGAAUGGAGGUGUUGACUGGAGUGGAACGCUGCCUUACUGUGAAAUAAUUCCUUGUGAGCCACCUCCCAAAAUAGCCAACGGGGAGUACGAGGAGAGAGGCAGCUACGUGUACCAGAGCUCAGUGACCUACAGGUGCCUGGAUGUCCCCAAGGGCAGUGAUCCCUUCUCCCUCAUUGGCUCAGACACCAUUUACUGCACAUCUGAUGCACACUCAAAUGGAGUUUGGAGUGGGCCACCUCCAGAAUGUCGAGUGGUCAAAUGUGAAGACCCCAGAGUUGAAAAUGGGAGAAAAAUGUCUGGAUUUGGACUUCCCUACAGAUACAAGGACUCAGUUGUGUUUGAGUGUAAUCAAGGCUAUUUCAUGGUUGGAGCACAGGUAAUUACCUGUGAAGCAGAUAACAUCUGGGUUCCUCCACAACCAACCUGUGAGAAAAUUACUCCAGAGAUGUGUCUUGCUCCAAAGAUCCCCAAUGGGGCCCUGAUUCCAGCCAAAGGUGCCUAUGCAAAAGGAGAGGCUGUGCAGAUCAGGUGCAAUGCUGGCUGCUCCUUCCCUGAUGGCUCUGCAGAGAUGACAGUGACCUGUCAAGAACAGAGUUCCUGGGGUGCUUUACAGCACUGUUCCUGUGAGUCUGAAGGUUCUGGUUCCACACCAGUCAUAAGUCAUGGGAGAGUGAUAGAAGGACAAAAACCUUCCUACUCUGUGGGGGAUUUCAUUACCAUUGAAUGUUACCCGGGGUACACCUUGCAUGGCGAGGCUCGGAUUCAGUACAUUGGGAACAACCAGUGGGUGCCAGCUGUGCCAACCUGCCAGCUCAGUGAGUCUGAAGGUUCUGGUUCCACACCAGUCAUAAGUAAUGGGAGGGUGAUAGAUGGACAAAAACCUUCCUACUCUGUGGGGGAUUUCAUUACCUUUGACUGUUACCCGGGGUACACCUUGAAUGGGCAGGCUCGGAUUCAGUACAUUGGGAACAACCAGUGGGUGCCAGCUGUGCCAACCUGCCAGCUCAGUGGAUAUAUUAUAGCCAUCAUCUGUGUGAUUGUGGUAGCUGUGGUGCUCCUGGCAGCCUUCUGGAUCUACAAGAAAUUCUUCUCACAGAAUGGGUCUGGUGCUGCGUGGGUCAGCUGUGGACAAAUGUGCUCUGACUCGCACUGGGAGCCAGUCCUCGGUGUGGAGCACUUGGUGUGGCAGAGCACGGCCUGGGUUGAGUGCAGGCAGAUCAGGAGCUGCCCUGCUCAGGAAAAGUGAUAUUUGUGCCUAGGAGAUGGCUCUGGAGAGGCCACUGCUGGUAUGGGCAGCAAGAACAGGUACUUCCUUCACGAGUUUAAAGCACAAGGGAGAUAUUUCUUUCCUUUAUUAGACCACAAUAAAAGCUCCACAUUACAAUCCUGAAUUGAAGGUGGCCUAUUCCUUCAGUCCUACUCUUGCAGCCUUACAAAUGGAGUUAAAGACACUCUGUGUCUGAAACCCCCCAAAACCCCAAGGCAGGCUGAACACUGGGACAGGAUGGGGGUAAAAGCCUGUGCAGCUUUGUGUCCCUUUUAACUGAGCAGUGGGACAGUCAGGCCUGCUUGGUUUGAGUCACUGAUUUCAAUUCCUGCUAAGGGGAAUCUGUCAGAGCACUCUGCAGUGUCUUGUUUUAGCAUGGUGACUAUUAGAGGUGUGCUUAGAUAUUAGUGCUGUAGCUCCCCAUCUUGUGAUCCCCCUGCUCAUCUGAAAUUGCUUUGACUUGCCUGGAGUCAUCCAGUUCUCCUCCAGCUUUGCUCUCAGGAGAGUUCCUGGGCAAACCCUGAGCCUGUUUGGAGGGCACAGGAACUGCUGAACCCCUGGAUCCUGUGGAGAAUUCCAGAAUUCACAGGGAGCAGUGAGGUGAAACUGGGCAAACUCGAGAAGAGCACUGCACUUGCAUGGCUGAGGUCAGGGAAGGGCAGUAGGAAAGAAAGCUCAUCUAAUUUAGCCCUACACAGCCUGAGUGAGCAGCGCAUUGCAAAACUCGCUCCACUCAAACAAAUGAUCCACCUAAGCAGCUGCAACCAGAAAGGCCAUUUUCUAUUCCUAACUCCUGUACCUAAGCAUCACUUUGGAAUGUAAAGUACUGAUUGCAGGGCUUGAAAGCUCUCACAGGGAGAUGAUUGUUGUGAUUUGUACAGUCAGUUCAGGAACACGGUGUUCCCCCAACACCACCGCUCCAGCUCCUCCAGGUAAUGGCAAGAGAAGCCAUAUUUUUCUUUUGUGUCAUUCUAGAGACAAAAGAAUGUCCUGUGCCAGGGAGGAGCAUAAGGAAACAAACCCAGCCAGCUGUUCACUGAAGUAUAACCUGCCUUUAACCCAGACAGCUGAAAACAAGCCUUUAGUUUAACACUGCCUGCAGUACAAGGACCUGGAGAAAAGUACAAGCUGGAGAAAAGCACUGACCAAACACUCCUGGCUGACUCCCCCAGGCACACGAGAAUCCUGUUCCCAGGGUUUCCAUCAUUCCAUCCCUGAAAUGUCACUGUGUGUCCAGGAGCCACUGUCAGUGUUUAAAAAGCAUUUGGGCUGGAGAUCCAAAUGCAAACCCAGUGGCUGCUGUUGGGCUCCUGAGCGCCGUGAGUGUUUGUGGGGGGAGCUGCAGAGAUGAGGCUCACUCAGAAAUAGCUCUUCCUUGGAAAGCUGGAGGGCUGAAUCACAGUGUGUUGGCUCAGUUCUUAGCAGACGAGCCAUCACAUCUGCCUCCCUGUAGGCGAGGAGCCGUCACUGGCAUCGGGAUUGGCAGCCAGGUUCUGUCCCUUAGGAAACCAGGCAGUGAUGAUGAGGAAGGCGAAGGCUCGUCGUGGGCAGGGUCAGGAGGUGGGCUGGCAGCUCUGGGAGCAGGAGGGCUCUGCUCCCCUGUCCCUCUCUGUGCACAGAACGUGCCCCCAAGUUGAACUUUGGGCACUAAAUAAGUUCUUUUGCUCACAGGCAUUAACCACUGCUCUGCUGCUGGGAGGCUGAGACAGCCCUGAGCAUAUCCAUGGCUGGUGUUGUCCUGAGACAGCUGAAAAUAGGAGUGAGAUGGGCAAAUAGGAACACCAGGGAAAAAUGGGGAAACCUGGGAGGGGACAAGACAGCUCCUGAGCUAGGUACCUGAAACUGAAAGCAACUGAGGGACACCCCUGGCUUGAAAGGCUCUGGGGAGCCUGCAGAGCCCACCUGAUAGCCACAGAAAUGCAAAUGCACACAGAGUUUUUCUUCCUAGAACAGAGUGUGAGCCCUUAAAUACACGUCACUCCUGGUUCCCAGCAGUCCAGAGGAAGUCUUGGGGGAAAAAUUGAUGAGGGAACUAGUGGAAAGUUUUUGGAGGUAGCAAAGAAACAAAUUACAGAUAUGGAUUUUAAAGUCUCAGAGACAUGGGAUUUCUUUUGAGCUAGAGUUUUGGGCUCAGUGCCCCCACUGCUGCAGUAGUGUUAAUUCUCAAGCCUCCCCUCCAGGUUCAGGCAUGGGCACAGUUGCAGGAGGAGUAGAUUGGGAGUUCCUGAACCAACUGGUUGCUGACCAUGAGUCAGGGGAAUGACCUUGCAGCAGGCGGCUCACGGUGCCGCUCUCGGAGCCGUGCCAGGAUAAACGGCACUGGUAUCUCUGAGUGCUGGUGGAACCAUUUUGUGACAUUCCAGCUUGGCCUUGUCUCCUGCUGCCUUUGCACCGAAAUUGUUUGGGUGAGUGGGAAUGGGAUAGAGUAUUCCCUUUUUUCCUCACAGCCUGGGCUUGGGACUGUCUUAAUACAGAGAUAAAGGGGAUAUGGACAACUCUUAUCUCUUGCCUACAUCCUUGUCCAUUAACAUCAGCAUUACAGAUAUUUAACCAAAUUAAAUCUUACUCUCCCCCCCAGCCAUACCCAUAUUAAACUGUAAGAAAACACCAUGAUAAAGUUUAAAAAAUCCUACGCAGCAGCACUGAAUUUUCUGGAUGGGUCUGGGAGAGAUUUGUCAGAGGAGAGAGGGUAGAACACUUGGCAUUUAGACGUUUUAAUGAAUGUUCCCAAAUAAGAAAAGAAAAACAUUUGCUUGUAGCCUCUAAGCUUCUCACAGCGUCAGAAAGCUCCUGACACAGAGCCCAAUGCUGUAUUUGUAUAACAUGGAAAUGAACAGCAGCAGCAGCAGAGCUGCAGGCUCCGAGCCUGCUCUGUGAGCAGCAAAAUGGCCAGGGGUGCUGGGGCUCAUCUGAAUUCCUUCACCAUUUGGGGGGUCACUAGGUGGGCCUGAUACCCCUGACCCUUCAGGUAUGGUUUCAACUCUAACAUCAGUAUGAAAUGAAUAUUUCUAAUCAUAUUCAAGCUUGUGCCCCCAUCAGCUCCACUCCCUAAAGCACCGACAGGAACCAACAGCAAAAUUCGUCUGCGUCACAGAUGUAACAUGACCAUCGGCAAAACAAGAGCAGAGGAGAUCAUGGCUGUCUCGUCCCUCACAGAGCCUUCCUUCACUAGCAGACAAGAAGAGGUAAUGCUUUUAAAUUUAUACCAUGGGCAUGUGAAAUCCUGCCCUUCCUUGCCCGAAUCCCGCGGUCCCCGAGCGGUCAGAACGCCCGAGAAAACUGCGUGUGUUUUGUCGGCGUGGUACGGAACGCUGCGUCACGAUGCUGCACCAAGGCCGAGGCAGAGCAAACCCCACUCCCCAGAGCAGGGAAACCCAGAUACAGGAACAUGAAUCAGCUCAUGCAGUGUCACACACACAAGUGUCAGAGGGAGGGAGAAAUCACAGCUUUCCCCAGUCCUUUUGCGGCACUGUGCGGAAAACGAUCGCGGAACAGUUACCCAGGUACAGCUCACGGUGACAGUGCCACCCCUGUGCACAUAAUCACUGCUGUCCUACAGAAAUAUGCCAUGUCCCCUUCUUAGCCUUGUUUCCUGCCAGUCCCACAGAUUUACCUGCUGACAGUAACCUCAAUUCCUGAGUAAUGAGAUUUACAGCUGGAGUUUAACAUUGAAAUAACUCCUCUUAUAUCCGUCUCCUUACCCUCCCUGCAUUUAGGCACAGUUAAACCAUCGCUGUGGCCAAAACAUGAUGGCAAAAAGAAUUAAACCAAAUACAUCCUUGUGCUGAAGACACUCAACAGCCAGUGGCACCUCCUUGAAAGCCAUGAAACAACAGCACCAGCUUUACAAAGUCAGGGCUUCUCCACCCCAAAACCAUAAUGGGGAAAACCACAAAGAGCUGUCCAUGCAACCAACAUUCGAGAAAACAGACUCAACCCACCUAUCAUCCGCACAACCCAGUAUCAUGCCUUAGUCCAGCUCCUGGCUGUACAGAACACCUCUACAGCUGCCUGGGACUGGUCUCCUCUGUGUGUGUGUAUUUCUGCCUGUCUGUCUGUCUGCAGGGACCACCGUUGUCGCUGCUGUUCCUGUUGUUCCCCUGCUCUGCGGAUCUGGCGCUGCGGGAGGCAAGGAUGCUCCGAGGGAGCCAGCUACAGCCAGCGAAGGCUCAGUGCAAUCCCUGCCCCAAGCAGUUCACAGUGCUGCCAACACUCCAGCACCUCAGAAAGGAGAAGGAAGCAAGGAGAAAAGCCCUGAACCCCAGUACUUUCCCCUGCACCGUGGGCUGCAGCUCUGACACGUCAUCAUCAUGACUGGAUGGUGAAAGGAGACCUCCUGGGAUCACCCAUGGGUGAAGGACUGCACCCAGCACAGCCAGCAGUGACCAGCCCCUGUCCUGUCUGCUGCCCGAGGGACGCCUGGCAUCCGGGACCCGAGCUGGUGUGGAAGCGUCUGGAAGGCACCCGUCUACCUGUCCCCAGUGCUUUUAAAAACUGGACGACGUGCCCUGCAAUGAUCACUGCGUCACCGUUUGCCACUUUGCGAACUACGCAGUGACAAACCUCCGAGCUCCGAAUCGCAGGGCGCCUGUUAACCCCUGCGCCAGCCCCGUGCCGACAUGCCAGCCUCCAGGGACACGGGGGGGGAUAGAAAGCCCAGCCAAACCAGGAAAACAGCAGUCUUUGCAAAGUUGUCAUCUCUCCCCCACGACUACUACCCUCCUCUGCAGUACAGUAAUGCCGGCAGGAGUGACAUUAGUACAACCUGUGCCGUCGCUCCAUUGAGAAAACAGCUCUGACGCAGAACAGAGCAAUCCUACCCAGCCAAAAUAAUAAUAAAGGCACUUUGGGAUCCGAACUCAGGGACGCCGGGGGAAAGGGACGCCCUGCAAAUAAUCCAAAUACGUAGCUGCAGCUCCAGCCCCAUCCUGAUCAAAGGGUACGUACGUGAGGGAGACGAACUGGACCGAGGAGCCGUGCCCGUGCACCAUCUGCGCAGUCCUCAGCCCUCCGCUCGCUCUGGAGCGCCGCAGAAGAGAAGGUUCCAGAAAUUUCCUUCCCGUUAACCCUUUCGGUGUCUGCCCACUCUCCCUCCCCGUGGGAUUAAGCGCGCAGGGUCUCCAGCAUCGUCAAUGGGCGAAGCCUCCUACGCCAAGCGAGCCCCAGUACGAGGUGCAAAUGGCAGUGGAUGGUGGCAGGAGCCCACUCCGUGGUGUUGGUGGCACUUCUCUUCCUGGAGCCCUCUCUGCCUCUCUUGCUGCCUCUCUCCCCUCUUGCUGCAGCAGGGCUGUUGCUGGUAGACCUAUCGACGGAGCUUGCUCUCUCACUCUCUCGCUGAGCUCUGUGACGCAGCUCUAAAUUCUCCAGCCUGCUCCUUGUGUUAUAAGAGCGGAACUGCAGCUUUCCAGGGAGCCCGUGCCAGCGGUGCCAGGGCCAGGCAGACCGGAGGGAGUGUCGCUCCUGGACUCUGCACCUUUUUUUGGCAAUUAUUCUGUUCCUCACCUCUGUUCCUGCGCUUCCUCCCCGGCUCUCAGCCUCGCAUCUCCUUCUCUGCUUCUGAGUCAUACUUGCAUACAGGUUAACUCUUUUAGGAUUGGUAGUCAGCAGUACAAAUCUCGAGCGAUAGCAGCUGAAACCACAGCCAACUUUUUUGGUGUUUUCUGCUUUAAAAAAACCAAAGCAAAUCUUGCUGGCUCUAAAAAACAAAAACACGUGCGCGCACACACACGUUGCAGUGGAGAGUUGGUGCUUUCUGAUUAACUGUUUUGGUGUCAGGAACCACUGCUUGACUUCCUGAAAUGAAAUAUUUUAGGCCCAUGUCCUGCAAAUCCUGAGCAGACAGAUCCCCUGAAGCACAAGGCAGCUUAGGAGGAGCUGCUGCUGUGAUCAGAUGCAGGACUUGUGGGCACGAGGCUACUGCUGGCCCCACAAGCCCCUGCUCUGCUGGCCACAAGACACUGAUCUGAGCGUGCUUUAGCUGCUGGGCAGAUGCAUGGCGUGAGAUAAGGUGCUGGAAGUGCUGGAAAGCCACAGGAUCUUCUUAAUCUGAGCAGCAUUAAUAAGUGUUAUCACACACACAGAUUCAAAACGCUCGGCGUAGGCAGGGGAACUAAUAACUGCGCUCCUGGAGUCACCAGAAUCCAAUAAUCCCCGGCAAAGACAGUCCACAGGCAGCUCUGCAUUUCAGCACAGCAGGCAUCAUCCCCAGGCAAGGAGCCUUUUGCAGCUGCUCGCUCUCUCCUCGCCUCUGCCCCCCAGAUCCCUGCAGUGACUCCAGAGCCUCCGGCCAGCCCCAGCACCUGGCAGGGGAGGCAGAGCUCUGCCAGCACCGGGAAGUGUGGAGGAGGAUCCGUGGUAGGUGCAGCUCCUGGGAAUCAGGGAAGCUGAUGGAGAGGCAGCACUGAGAGGGAGUUGAUGUGCACACACGGAGCAGCGAGGAGCAGUCCGUCAGGAAACACGGAAUGCAGAGAGAUCCCUGCUCCACUCCUCCGUCUGCCAUUUUAAUUCUGACUUCAGAGCCGGCUGCGAGCGUUGGGUUUUUCACUACAACCAAAGCUGAAGUAACCACGGGGUUUUUUUCUCCUCACAGCGUCUGAAGAGCCUGAGCUAUUUUGGGAUUUGUCUGUACUACACUGAAAAUGACACCUGUUACGCACAGGCACAAAUGAGAAAAAUUACAAGCGCCCGGUUCCUCUGAUAGGAUCCUACAAAAAAUGGGGUGAGAUCCCGUGGGUCAGGGCGGGGUGAGCAGCAGGGGCUCUGCUGUGGGGUGAGGGGGAUGACCCUGCUGAACUGAACAGACACCGGUAUGAGAAAUGUAAAAAGUCUGUAGUAGCUGAUGCAAGGGGAAAUCAAGCCUCCAUGUGACCAGAAGAAGUAGUGCAUGAUCAACUAAAUGCCACAAUACAUGGUUUCUUAUGCAAUCGAGCCCAUGGGACUCCAGGCCUUACACAUCCACUUUGUGGCCAAAGCUGCAGGGAUUAACUCCUUCCUUAAUGACUGGGAGCGAGCACAGGCUCCUGAAAUGAGUCAUCCCCCCAAGCAGGCCGGGCUUUGCUGCGGCUGGAGCUGCCUCUGCUGCUUCCAGUCACCCCCGCUCUCUCAGGAGCCCCAGCACACCGGGCCAGCGCGGAUUUUCCGUGUUCCCACUUCUCCCUGGUGGUUUGCACCAGGCUGUGCAGGCAGGCAGAGCCCGCCUCGAGAUCCAGGGAGCUCCAGAAGUGACACAGCGAGAUGAAACACCAGAUGAAAGCUGGGAGCCUCAGAAGCAGGGCAGUUCACUGGUGCUGUCGGCUCACACCGUUUUUGUCAGGCCUGUGGUGUGUCAGGAAGGUGAAACCGACUUUGAUUCAUCCCAAAUGAUUCUUUUCUGGUUGCUUUCAGGGGAAAUGCAGCGUUUAUUUCAUGGUUUGCUUUCCUUUGAAAAUCACCAGCCCUGGUAUGUUUCUGUCUUUGCCUGACUCCGGGUACUUGCUGGUGGCACUCAGGCUCCCAAGAAGAGCUCAGAGCUGUGAGAAAUGAACUGUGAGAAAUCUUGGGGCAAUGGAAAACUUCAGCCCUCAGAACUGAGUGAUGAGGCCUAAAAACAUAAAGUAAUUUUCUGACACUUUUGGGCAGGAUUUGGCAUUUUCUGGUUCGAGCAUCUUCGACAUUCCACUAUAAAAAUCUAGGCUGCUUUUCUGGUUUAACUGGAGCCCAUUUCCAUGUGUGGAAACUGGUUUGGGUUGGGUUUUUUUUUUAGCUUUUUUUCUUUUCCUUCCAGACUUUAAAAGUAGGAGGCAGAGCUUUGGUUUUAUAAGAACUGCCUAUGAGGAUGCAAAGUCCUGGGCUAGAAAGGAGGCUUGGAAAAUGGGAAUAAUCCAUGGCUGAGGUGUGAGACAGGGGAGAUCAGUGUCACAGUCGGAAUGGCAGGGUAGGGAUCUUCCAAAACUGAGAAUGACCCCAUGGCUGAUCACAGCUGGGCCCUGAGUGCUUACAGUGCUGAUUAAUAAAAUUAAGAGUUUUGAUAGUGCUGAACAUUCUAACCAGACUUCAGGACUUGCAGCUGGGAUAGUUUGGACUGGAUAUUUGGGGAAAAUACCAUUUUUUGAGGAGGGAGGGGUUUGACCCUCCAGGCUGUCCUUGACAGUUCCCUCAGCACCACGAAAGGAUCAGGGACCGAUUCCUCAGCUUCCAGAGGAAGUUUGGGCUUGCUCCUGCUUCUGUGCCAGGCUGUACCUGAAGGUUCAUCCUCCCUUCUCCAGCGUCUCCCGUGCAAUUUUCUGCCGUCACGCUGCGAUGGCCUUAAUAGCAACAACAAAUGGAGUCUGACACUCCCCAAAUGUCACCCUGUGCACAUCAUCAUUGCUGCUGGGGGUGAUAAAAUGACCUGAGGGAGACCUUUGGUGUUUUGAGUGCUGAAGGAAACCCUCGUGGUCCUGCCCGCACUUCCAGCUUCCUGCCGGGGAAGCCUUGGCUCGGGUUUCGGUUUAAAUGCCUUUAAAUGCCAUCGGCCACACCUUCCCCCAGCGCAGGAAGCACGAUUGUUAAAAUCAGGGCAUGUUCCUGUUUCACUGAAAGGCUGAGAUAAAUAAUCCAAAGGCCUCGUUUAUGCCAAGUGAAUUCCUGCCCGGGCUGGAGCAAGUCUGGGCAGCUGUAAAUCUGUAACCCCUCGACCUCAGGCACGGAAGGGGAGGCUUGGCACAAAUCUGUAACCC